GAGAACACGGACACACACACACACACACCAUGCCAGCAUAGGGAACCCAGAUUAGACCCUGGGACUUAGAGCACAGAAGGAGUCUUGACAGUUUGCGGUGAAACCGCCUCGAUCUUUCCCUGGCGAUGGAUGACUUUGAAUACAGCGUGGAGAUCUCGGACCGCGACUGGGACUGUUUCUUCCAGGAGUGCGAGGAGUGCUCCCUCCUUUCUCCCGCGUUGGCCGGAACGGACGACUCCGGCAUGAGUGACCUCGACGAUUUGGGGUCAGCUCAGUUGAGCAAGGCUCUCGUCGAACCCAACCUGGGAGCGGCCUUCCUGGAAGACGGACGUCCUUCCGACGGCCCCCCCGAUCGCCAAGGGUCCCCCUUGCCGAAUUACCUCAGCAAAUAUGCCGUUGGUGUUUCGGAGAAUAUCCUCUCGGGGAGCGAGGAGGAUGUGCACCUGGAGUCUGUAAAUAGGUUCUUUGAGAGGCUUAGGAGUUUUACGGAGACAGGGCAGUGUAUUGAGCCCGGCACAACGGCAGUUGGAAAAACUGAAGAGGCAGUGAAGAGGGAGGAGGCGUGUAGCAACGGGCCGCCCGCCAACCUCGCUGCUUUGCCAGCAAACAUCCUUGAGUUCAACUCCCAGUCUGCCAUUAGUGAAACAGCAGCUGGGAAACACACGGCAGUGCCAGAUGACUCCGACUGCACCACAACGGGUACAGAUACCGGUGCUGAUUUCAAAAUGGCUUCUGAACGCACACACUCCGAGUUUCAGGAUGAGGCAAACAAACCCUUUCUGGACACGGAGCUGGCCAUCAGAGAGGAGGAGUGGUUGGUGACGACGGCUCACAAACCAAGAAAGACGAGGGAUGAGGAGGAUCCGUCUCUUGACCAGAGUGUCUGCCUAGACCUGCCCUCUGCCCCUGGAAAGUCACCCCAGAGCUCACAGACAUGGGUGGCUAAAUCCAUGGAUGAUCUGAGGCCUGGAGACGACUUGGUUGAUCAGGCGCUGCUGAAGAGAAGCCCCCCCCUUCAGGAGAAGCCCUCAGUUAACCUCGAUGUGAUUCCUUGUGAUAACGAGGCAGAGGAGAGCAAAUGUGUUGGGUUGUCCUGCCAGCUGGGUGCGAGCAGAGUAGCCAACCAGGAGCUAUCCCCGGCAGGUAACAACAAGAAGAAGAAGAGGAGGAGGAAACGAGCUAGCAUGGAGCCCGUGGAGACUGAGUGCAGUUACGAGAGGCAGGUAUUAGCCAACCGUAGUGACUCGGACGAGGAAACGCGAGCAUUCUGGGCAGCUGAAAUGAGUCCUCUGGCUAAAUUAUCUGGAGAUUGUUGCGAUGGUUUUAUGAUUGAGCACAUCCAACCUCCACAAAGUCUAGCUGAUGACAAAGACCUGUCAACACCAAGCUAUGGUGGUGAUAACGUAACUAAUUUACAGCCAUGCAGCGGAUCAGCAUUACAAGCAUCAAUUGAAUUCCAAGAAUGUGACGGGUUGUCGGCCUCAUGUGCCACCUGUGUUGGUGGUGAGCCAGCAAGUACUGGUAGCCUGGCAACAAGCCAGACAGAGCAUGAGCCUCAAGUGAAUAAUACAAAAAUAAAAAUACCAACAAAUGAGCCUCAACAGGACAUAGAUCGAGAAUUGAUGAAUGUGGAGGAUUUCACUGCCACAGGUUUUAUUUCACCUAAACAAGACACUUUGUGUGUUGUUACGGACAGCAUGGUUGGGUUAGACACACAGGGGCAGUCUGUGGGUGGGGAAAUGCAGCUCAAGUUCACAAGACCUAGUUUAGACUUCAGGGAGAUCCAAAAAGAGGCACAUACUGAUUUAACUCUGUUGUCUGACAAGUUAUUGUUUCCUCACAGAAGCAGCUACCACUCAGAACCUGACACAGGAAACAGUCAAACACACUAUAAAGAAGAUACUUAUCAGACUGUGUGCCCAGCGCAUGAAACAGACCCCAUGUUAGUACUUCCACAUGUUUGGAAAGUUGAUCAACAGAGCAGUUUAAAAAGUCCUUUCUCUAGUUUGUCUGCUUUCAAAGGCAACCAAAACAGAGUAGAUGAGUCUAACAUAACAUCUUCAACAGUACUGCCAGUUUCAAAACACACCGAUGCAUCCCCUGCAUCAUCUGAAAGCCCUGAUACAUUGAUCACGUACUGUGGUACCCCCCCGAUGGCGGACACAAGUGAAAUAACUGACAGAAACAAAAGCCAAGAUAUCUGUGAAAACGACACAGAGCUCAGAGCUUAUUCACUGGUGCCCACAGAGGAUGCCAGAGCAAGGACAGGGGAUGGGCAGGUGACAGGGAACACACCCGACCCCAACAUGACCGGGUACGCCAUGUCCUCUUUCUGGAAGGAUAUGGAGCAAAUGACGAUCAACGACAUCUUGCGUUUCCAAGGGAUCGGCGCGGUCCAGCACCACGUUACCCCGCCAGACGGUGUGACGGCAGAGCCCGUGGAGGGUGUGGACUCUGGAUAUUUCGGUGAACGGGGGGAUUCGAACCCUCAACUGUCCGGUGAAGUCUUCAACAUCUCAAGUUUUGACGAAGAUUCAAAUCCAAUCACUGAUGCCGACGUGGGUGGUGUUUGUCCCGACUCUAGUGGCGUCUUGUGGGAAAGUAAGCAUGAGCCUGUAGAACCGGGAACUGAGACGUGUUCUGAUCAUGCAACCCUCGUGAAGGAUUUACCCCAGCAAAUAAUCUCUGGCAGUCCCCAAAAAUACUACGUAAAGAAAAUGUACAAAAACAGAAGUAUGCAGAACUUGCCUGCUCUGGAGUCUAAACCUUUAGGUCAAUCGCUUAAAAGUCGGGUUUUACCAACUGUCAUCACCGAGGAAGGUGAAUACGACAAGGAGCUUUUCAAUGAAGAGCACACGCUGAGACGAGACUGCCGGCCCGACUCUUUACCUCCAUCUUCUUUUUCUGAACAAGUCAACACAAAAAGCUACAACUUCUCUAUCACAGAUAUAUUCAGAUAUUUCUUUACAGGUUCAACAUCCGAACCCUGUCAGUCUGACACAGACAACAUGCAGACAACGGCCGCUUCCUACGCCAGUGGAAACUCAGUCGCUGAGACGUAUGAUCACUUCUUCUCAGACUUCGAGGUGGACAGCUUCUUCUACCCUCUCUUGGAGGAAGGACACAACAAAAACGAAACGGUGCCCAUCUUUUCCUGCUCGCGAACCACCAACAGGAACCUCCAGUUCCCUGAUGCCUACGACCAUUUCUUCCCCUCGUCCUCCUCUGAAGAUUCGUCCAUGGAAUCUGACGAGGAGGAUUGCGAAAGCCGGGCGCCGAUUCGCGUUGUGUCAAGGUUCACUCUUAAGGACGGUGAGAUUCAAGGUGCUUCCACAGGACCAGAUAUUUAUGAGAACUUCUUCUCUGACUGGGACCAGGGUGGGAAUGUCUUCUGGAAAAAUGGGCUUUCUUUAAGGAAUGUCCGGUUUCCUGGGUCCACCUACCAGAGACCAACAUCUGACUCCUUAGCUUUGGUACCUGUUACGUACAGUAAUCAAACCAGGAAGUUAGUGCAGAGGACAAUCCAACCAAUCAAAGUACUUGGGAACCAAGCCCAGCCCUUCCUUGACCCUCUCUUGUACAACUUCAGUGACAGGCUCGUCAGACAGCUAGCCGAGCAGCCUUUGAGACACGAUGACCUACAGAUAGCCGUUGCUAAUCCAAGGCUAGAUGCUCCUCUGCUGAACGUCAGGCAGACGGACAUGUGCUUGGUGUUCAUCGCAUUUGCCUCUUGGGUGCUGAAGUCUGCCAAUCCACAAGUGGGAGACGCGUGGAAGGCCGUCCUGCUGGCCAACGUCAGUGCCCUGUCUGCCAUCCGAUACCUGAGGAGACACGCCAGGAAGGAGGAGGAGGAGGCAGGGCGAGGGGAAACGCUGCGUCACACUCCUUCCAUGUGAUCGGGGAUCAUCCAGCCUGCUCCGAAACGUCACUCCAACCUUUUUGCCAUGGAAAACCAGAGAGACUUUGUGUUAUUCUGUGGAAAAUUGAAGAGAAACUGAGUAUUGUUUCAUGGAAUACUAGAGAAAGAAUCUGAAUUAUUUCAUGGAAAACUAAUGACUGAACGCUGUUAGGCUUGAGGCUCUAUAAACAUAUAUAUAUAUAUAUAUAUAUAUAUAUAUAUAUAUAUAAGAAUCUGGUUUUACAGAUACAGAGGCAGAUUUUGAUGUGCAGUGUUCAAAAUGUUUGCACUUUUUAUAGACACAUUGUGAAUGUUCAUGGAUGUUAUUUUCUUUCUGGGGAAGCUUCUUUGAGGGUUUACCUCUUGAACUGACUCAAACUGAGGUGUGAAGUACACUAAUGACUCAACUCAAACUGACCCAAUAUGUAUUAAAAGAGGUCCUACAGAUGAAAGGUCAUGGGAGGAGAAAGGUGAUUGAAAGCUUGAGUGAAACACACCACAGGUAAUGUUUAACAACAGAAAAACACACCAUAACAUUUUGGUUGUGUUUCUGAUUUACAGACAAAUGUUCUUAAAUGUAAAAAUGCAAGUGUAAAUGCUACACAAACUUCCAGUGUAAAAACAAUUAAUAAACUACUGUCAACUGAAGUUUCAAAUCCAAUUUCAUCAGCAGAGAGGGGGAGUUUCAUUUUGAUCGUAGAUACUAUUUUUUAUGUUUCCAUCUGCCAUGUUCUGACUUGCUCUGUAAGCUGUGGCUGACGUUCCUUUCAACUGAAGUAAAAAGUAUUUCUGUCGUUCGAGUGCUGUUUGUGCUGCAGUUACACAUUUCAGACAACAGAGGGCGCCACAGGAUAACAUUAUGAAUCAUGCCAAAUAAUCUUACAUUGUACAUCUUCAUCCAUCUCGCAGACGCCUUUUUGGACGUUCAAAAAGUGCACAUAGAAAGUACGAAACAUGAACUAAAUUGGUAUAGUGUCACUAGGGAGGUGCACAACCUCAAUCUAUACCCCUGAUUAUAGAUACAUAAUCAUCUUCAAGUUUGAGCUCAUAUGUUUUGGUCAUUU